AUGUCGCGCCAUCACCCCGAUCUCGUCAUGUGCCGCAAGCAGCCCGGCAUCGCCAUCGGGCGCCUCUGCGACAAGUGCGACGGCAAGUGCCCCGUGUGCGACUCGUACGUCCGGCCGACGACCCUCGUGCGCAUCUGCGACGAGUGCAGCUUCGGCAACUACCAGAACAAGUGCGUCGUCUGCGGCGGCGAGGGCAUCUCGGAUGCCUUCUACUGCUUCGAAUGCACGCGGCUCGAAAAGGACCGCGAUGGUUGCCCCAAGAUUAUCAACCUGGGCAGUUCGAGAACAGAUUUGUUCUACCAGAAAAAGACGAAUCGUCAACCGAAUUAUUAA